GACAAAACGUCGAUGACCCAUGCAUUCAGGUCGGACUUCUACCAUAUUAUAUCAAACUAGCAAUUCUACAAUAUAGAGAGCUUCAGGACGAGUCAUGCGCGUUGAUUUUUUGCAAAAUUUUUCGCAUGAUAUAUCUUGAAUAUUGAUAAAUAGCAAAUAUGAUGGAGCGAAGAGAACAAAGAAUAGGUCUAGGGGUUGGAGCUUUUUUGAAUCCUCCUCGAGCUAAUUAUAGUGAAGAUACUCGAAAACUAAUUAGAGUCUUGAUGGAAGAAUCAAAAUUAUCGAUGAUACAAAGGAAAUCUAUUGAGAAAGCAAUGGAUAGAGGUGAAUCGCUACCACCUCUUUCUAGGGCAACUUCUGCGAAAGCUAUUAACACUACUCGUAUUAUACCGUCUGCUUACUGGAAAAGAAGAUCUCAGGAAAGUAUUUUAAACAGUGGAGCUUAUGAAAGAGAACAAUACAGACGAACUACUCCUUUACCAAAUAAAGAAAAACAAAAACGUGAUUUAGCUUACAUAAUGGCUUAUGGUAAGAAUAUGCCAGAAACUCCUCGUGGUCCCAAAGUUUUACAUAAAGAAUUCACGAAGCCAGAUAUUUUGCAAAAUGAUGAUAUUGUCAAUGACUUAAUUCUAGGUAUUCGUGAAAGAAUGGAGUUUUUGAAAGAAAUGGAACAUUUAGGUCUUGGUAAAAAAUAUCAAGCAAUCAUUUAUCAAGAGAUCGCAGAAAAAAUGAGAAUAAUUGAUUCGAUGGACAGUAAAAUGUCUCUCCAAAUUAAAAAAGAAAUUGGGGAAAUUUAAAUAUGAAAAACCUCUUCCAAAACCUUUACCAUUUGGAGAACUUGAUGGUAUAAUAUAAGAAUUUCAUCACGAUAAGAAAGUUACAUAAAUUUAUAAGAAUUGGUAUGAAU